AUGCAUCAAGAUGAUGAAGUCAAUCUAUUGUUCGGCCAUGCAUGCACAGAACUUGACCCUUUCAAAGAUAAGAUAGUAAAAGUGGAAAGGGGUGGUUCAUUGAGAUCACCAGCAGGCGAAGAAGACAUAAAUGGCGAUAGCUUAUUAGGCUUUGCAAAAACUUUUAAAGCUGAGAUAAUUGAGCUCAGCUACAUUGAAUGCCACGCGGUUUUGAGAGGUACACCACAUAGAGGCAUUGCCCCCGCUAUGAGGUGA